AUGGCCAAUCAUUUCCUAUAUGAUAGUGGAGAAAGAUCUCAAUACAGGUGCCUUGGACAGGAAGUACAAAUUGAGCACAUCAAGGCAUACAUUUGUAAACCAUCUUUCUUCACAGACAAAGCUGUGCUUGUGAUUCAUGAUAUAUUUGGAUGGCGCUUUCCAGACAUGAGAUACAUAGCUGACUUAGUAGCAGUUCAUGGAUACAUAGCUAUCUGCCCAGAUUUCCUCAAGGGGAAGGAGCCUUGGAAAACUACUGAUCAUUGGGCUGACUUUGCUGACUGGAUGAAAGAUCAUGAUCCUAUGAAAGUAGACAGGGAAGCUGAUGUUGUCUUGAAGUAUCUAAAGGAACAAUGUGGUGCAAAGAAGAUCGGUAUCGUUGGGUUUUCCUGGGGUGGAAUGGCAGUACAUCACCUGAUGCUGAAAAAUCCUCAACUAAACGCGGGGGUGUCGCUCUAUGGAAUAAUUAGGGACUCUGAAGAAAGAUACAAUCUACUAAAUCCCACAUUUUUCAUUUUUGGUGAGAAAGACCACACUAUUUCUUAUGAUCAGAUCACCUUACUGGAGGAGAAGUUGAAACAGUACUGUAAAGUUGCAUAUAAAAUUAAAGUUUAUCCUGGACAAGUUCAUGGGUUUGCACAGUUGAAGCCAGAAGAUAUGAAACCUCAGGAUAAACCUUAUAUUGAAGAAGCUAGACAGGAUAUGCUUGAUUGGAUCAAAAUGUAUAUUUGA